UUCAGAUCACCCGCCGGCGCGCAUCGUCGUCUCUGCGUGUUCGAUUGAACGUUCUCAUUGUUUUUUCAGAGAACGUGAUUUGGAAUGCUGUAAUGGAAUCGUGAGAUUGCUGCUGUGACAAUAAAGAAGCUGGACAAAGCGAAAUCAACUCUUGCACAAUCGUGUUUUGAUGCGAACAUCCCACUUGCAACGUUUUGGUCUCCACCACUCUCACCGUUCUUCUUCCUCCGUUUUCUCUGUGCACUUCCUUGCCGCUUUCCCUUUUUGAUUUUAAAACUCCGCAGCAUCACCUGCAGCGACAACCAGAAUGUGACAGUUGCGGCAUUCCUCUUAUCGGAGCCCGCUUUCCGUCGCAGAGACUUGCACCUGCUUCCAGUUGUUCGAGACGCUCCGUUUUAUUGAGCUCGAUUUCCUUGGACUCUAAACGCGCUCGUCGUCUUCUUAUCCAUCGCUACGCUUUCCAUAUCGGUUUUUUCACUAGAGCUGAUCCCGUUCAGAGAAUUGAAUUCAAUGAUUAUCAUAGGUGAGCAGACCCGAUCGCGUCCUUUUCAGCUUUGAAGUUUUGAACUAGUGCUAAAUUGUCACUACACCGAAAGGUUCGAUCGGUUUGAUCAGGGAAAUGUAAUAUUUUCACACUUUUAACACUCGAACACUAUAUCAGGGUGCGGCUAAGACUCAUAAAAUUCAACACAUGAAAUCUUAAUUGAUACGAGUAAGCAAAACUGCAGAAAUUUCCAUUCAAGUUGUUAGAUUAGGAUGCAUAUAAUCUUUUCAGUUAAUUUUUAAACAUAUAGGAUAUUAGAGGGGGCACGUGAAAAAGGAAAUUAACUAACUUACUCAGGAAUCAGGACUACUUUAUCGUCACUGUUCUUAUGUUUUCUUCACUUGGCUCAUCGUGGAAAUUAUUUCUCUUCAUUGACUCGUCGUGUUCAUUUGACCUGCAUAACAUUUUUAUCCUAGUCAAUGAGCGGUUACCACUGCUCUAUGGUGCAAUUUUCUUGUCUUCUCUCUGAAAUUUGGGGUUUGGUUUGCCACAUGAAGUCAUGUCAUGUUGGCAAAGUUGUACACUCUGUUGCCGAUUUUGCAAAUCAGGCGCUUCUUGCAUAUGGUCUGAGUAGCUCAAGGCGGGCCCCUGAUGCCCUUCAUCCUUAUGGAUAUUCUAAGGAGAGGUUUGUUUGGUCAUUGAUAUCUGCUGUUGGGAUCUUUUGUCUUGGUGCUGAUUCUACCAUUGUUAAUGGAAUUCAAAAUUUGUGGACUUCACAGGAUGGUGCUGCAGUCACUGAUCUUAUUGUUGCUGCUGCAUCUCUUGUUGCAGUAAGUACCACAGGGAAUGCAAUUUAUGAUCCCGUUGGUUCCGUUGUAGUUGGAAACUUACUUGGAAUGCACGUUCUGUAAUACGAAUCAGUGAUAGUGAAGUGCGGCAGAAGAAACAGCUUCUAGAACAAAGCCAGGUUACUAAUGGAGUGGCAAAGGUGAUGCAAUAUACGGUAGAUUAGAAAAGGGUUGAGCUAUAAGUUACAUGAAUAAUAAGCAAUAUAAUAGUCUUGGGGUUUUUUAAUUUAUUUUGCAUGUGGACAUAUUCCUCAUCCAACAUAAUCGGCAUGCUUUGAUCGGUAGAGAAAUGGAUGAAAAUGAUAUGCAGAAAAUUCUCCAAUUCUUGAAGAAUGAUCCCGUAUAAUAAUGCUUGAUAAAUUUCUCUUGUAUCUUUGCCUUAGUAUGAUGCUUCAUGAGCUCAAAGUUUGAAGUCUUCUUAUCUAGGCUGUUGAUACUUAAUGUGAUUGCAAAAGCGAGGUGAUUGGACCAGGAUUUUAUAGAUUCAAGGCAGAAAUAGAUUUCAAUGGAGUCACAGUGGUGCAAAAUUAUCUAAAUAGGACUGGACGUGAAGAGUGGGCUAGAGAGGUUGAUGAUACUUUUUACCUCCAGUAUGCUCCCUAGUGUUUGGUUUUGCUUGAUUUGAUCUUUUAAGCAAAAUCGAUCUCUGAACUAGACCCAUGUCCUACAGUUUCGUCAAGCUGCAAAGAACCGAGACGAUUCAGAUUUGCUGGAAACGAUGGCGAACUAUGGUGAAGAAGUGGUUACUGGUUUAGGAAGUGAAAUGGAU